ACUGCGUCUGGGAAAGUGUAAGAGUGAGCAUGCCCUAGGAAAAUGAGAAGUCAACACUUUUAUAACCCCUAAAGUAAAAUGCAUUUUUUCUUCUAUUUUCUUAAAAUAGAACACGCGAUUAAAAGAAGGGCGUGAGAGAGAGAGAGCUUGGCCGCUGGAAUUGUGGUUCGGGCGCGAGGUUUGAAAGCACUCGCCCGCUGGAAUUUGAGGCUCGGGCGAUAGGCAAGAAGCUUAGCCGCUAGGCCUUGAGCUCGAUCGCUGGGAGGAGAGCACGCCUGCUGGGAAGCAAGGGGGCGCUGGGGGCGAGGAAUCCCUUGACCGCUCGACUGAGCGCACAACGCUGGGUGUGGAAGGCCCUCGAGCGAGCGCGGGUGAGUGCGGGCAAGGAAGUUGUGUGAAGUUGAUAAUGUAACAAGGAUAUGUGAGUGGAGUUAUGUGAAUGCUAUUAUUAGAAAUGAAUGUAACAUAUUUUUUAUAGAUGAAUGGAAAAAAAAAAGUUGGGAUAAUUUUUGUAGAGAGAGGGAGUAUCUUUUAAAGAUGGUAAUUACAUGCCUAAACAAUCGCAGCUUGAUAGAAAACCAUACCACAAAGGGUGCCCUAAAGUGGAUUUUGCUUUCAUCCGUGUCAUGUAAAACCCUAAUCGUUGAUACUCUGCAAAUCCAUUUGCAAUCACCCACUACAUUUGUUUCGCCUCGAUACAACUUCAAUCAUUUCAUUUCUUUCAAUGCAUCUAAAAGAUUUCCGGAGAAAUAUAACGAAAUCCCUGUUAAAAUCCUCUCAUACACCACCUUAUUCCACAAUUCUCACCCAAUUAAAUCCCACACAGAGCUACACAUCACCCCUAUAUCGCCGAAAUCACAUCUUAUUUCCCUCAAAUCCUUUACUCCCAGUACAUUUCCCACAAAAAACCCCAAGUUUUGCAGUGCAAAGGUGCAAUUUUGUCAAUGUUCCAGCGAGGGCGGUAACUGUUUGUAAAAAUGCCCAAGUAAAGCUUAAAGCAGAUUUUGAAACCGCGCAACAAGCAGAAGUGAUCUGUAAGCUAGUAUCCGCGAUUGGGAAUUCGCAAAAUGUAGAAGCCGCCAUGAAUUCUGCUACUUCGACUGAUUGUCUGUCUCCAAAUGUGGUUCUUGAAGUGUUAAAGAGAUUAAACAAUGGUGGAAUCAUGGCGCUGUCCUUUUUCCGGUGGGCGGAGAAGAAAAAAGGUUUUCAGCACAGUUCAGAAUGCUACAACUGUCUAAUUGAGUCAUUGGGGAAAAUCAAACAGUUCAAAAUGGUGUGGUUAUUGGUGGAUGAGAUGAAACUGAAAGGCCUGCUUUGUGCUGACACAUUUGCCCUGAUUUCGCGGAGGCUAGCGAGGGCGAGGAAGGUAAAAGAGGCUAUAGAGACGUUUGAGAGGAUGGAGAGAAAGUAUGGAAUGAAGCCUGAGCUGCAGGACUACAAUAGAUUGCUCGACACAUUAAGCAAAUCUAGGCAAGUGGAGAGGGCCCAAAUGGUGUUCGACAAAUGGAAAAACACGAGGUUUAUGCCCGACCUCAAAUCAUACACGAUCAUGUUGGAGGGGUGGGGUCAAGAGCGCAACUUCCUAAGGCUUGAUGAGGUUUUUCGCGAGAUGAAGGAGGAUGGAUUUGAGCCUGAUGUUGUGACUUAUGGGAUUCUUAUCAAUGCUUACUGCAAAGGAGGAAAGUAUGAUGAUGCUGUAAGAUUAUACUAUGAGAUGGAAGGAAAGAAUAUUAAGGCAACGCCUCAUAUAUAUUGUACCUUGAUAAAUGGUUUGGGGUCCGUAAAGAGGUUGAACGAAGCUGUCAAGUUCUACGAAUUAUGCAAGGGCAGCGGCUGUGAUGUCGAGGCUCCCACAUAUAAUGCUUUGGUGGGUGCUUAUUGCAAGUCAUGGAGGAUGCAUGAUGCUUAUAAGGUAGUUGAUGAGAUGAGGAAAUGUGGAGUCGGGCCUAACACGCGAACAUAUGAUAUAAUCCUUAAUAAUCUUGUAAAACUUCAGAGAAGCAAAGAGGCGUAUGGUGUUUUUCAGAGGAUGAAAGGGGAGAUGGGGUGUGAGCCGAGUGUGAGCACAUACGAGAUCAUGGUGAGGAUGUUCUGCAACGAAGGGCGCACGGAUAUGGCAAUGCAAAUAUGGGGGCAGAUGAAGGCGAGGGGCGUGCUCCCGGGGAUGCACAUGUUUUCAGCAUUGAUUGAUAGCUUAUGCAAUGAAAGGAGGAUAGAUGCUGCCUGCAAAUAUUUUCAUGAGAUGCUGGAAAUGGGCGUGCGGCCUCCAGAUCGCAUGUUCAAGCAGCUGAAGCAGUUUCUUGUUAAAGAGGGGACAGACAUUGUCAUUAUCUUUGCUCACAAAAUUGAGAAGCUGAGGAAAUCCCCUUUUGUUGGUUGAUUUCAUGUUGUGCUAUACACUAAUUUAACUCAUUAGGUUAUAUUAAUUCUUGCUUUCUGUUUCCCAAAAUGAGACUUUGCCAAUGACAAUCUUGAUUCUUGAAAUCAAUUCCUCAUGCUCUGAAAAUGAGUAGAUGCAUUGUAUUGCAUUUGACCUAA